AGUCCACACCGCGUCAACACGACUGGCCUCCAUGUCCGUCUUCUGGAUCCUGUCUGUUCUUCGCUGUCUUUCUUCUUAACAAUCAAAUUCUCAUUUUCUCUCACAUAUCUCUCUCUCUCUCUCUAGAUUUCAAUUGAUUUCACCUGCAACUAUGAAGAUCCUGAUCUCCGUUCUCCUUCUGUUAUGCUGUAUCUCUACAUGUUUCUCUUCUCCGCUUUCCAUUUCAGAUGGUGUCUUCAGCUCUGGAGCUUCGAUUGGACGAAACCUUCUUCAGGCUAAGAAACCUUGCCCCGUAAACUUCGAGUUCAUGAAUUACACAAUCAUCACUAGUCGUUGCAAAGGACCGCAAUACCCUGCUAAUCUAUGUUGUCAAGCAUUUAAAGACUUUGCUUGCCCUUAUGCCGAGGACUUAAAUGAUUUAUCGAACGAAUGUUCAUCAACAAUGUUCAGUUACAUCAAUCUAUACGGAAGCUAUCCACCUGGGCUUUUUGCUAGCUUGUGUCGGGAUGAAAAAAUCGGUCUGAUCUGUCCGGCUUUAGCACCCGGAGCAGGAAGGAACAGUGUCGGUGCUGAUUCUAACAACAGCCAUAAUAUCCACAAUCCGACCCUAUUGCUGAUGUUAAUUGCAGGGUUCCUAAUCUUCUUGUCCCAGUGGUUUUAAAGGCUCGAGCUCGCUGCAUUUUCUUGCCAAUGCCGGUAAGUUUUAUCUGUGUUUUCGAUGUUGUAUCAUCACCACGUGUAUUAGAUAUAGCUCUCGGUUGAAAUUCUUGUAUAAUUAUUAGCGUUAUUGUUUACCCGCAAAUAGAAAAUGAUAUUUUUUAUCCAAGUUUUCGAUGUUGUAUCAUCUCCACAUGUAUUAGAUAGGGCUCCCAAUUGAAAUUCUUAUAUAAUUAUUUGCAUUAUCCUUUACA